CCCCCUCCCCCCCUCGGAGACAGCGGUGCCACCCAGCGGCGCUGCUCCGACGACAGGGCGCCUGACUCGGCGUGAUUCCCGGAGCGUCCCGGCCUCUCCUCCACCUCCUCCGGGCUGAUGGAUCAAUGAUCGAUCCGGUGGAGCUGAGUGUCUCUGAUGAAUGGAUGAAUCAAUGAUGUUUUCAUUCACUCACCGCCGCUCUGUCACUCAGUCCUGAACCAGCAGGUCGCACCGGCGGUACAAACACCCUCAAACCGUCCGGAACCAGCUCGGGGUCUGGGUCUGGGUCCGGGUCUGAUCGCUGUUCAACAAGUGUGAGCUUCACCGUGGGGUCCGCUUGGUUCGUCAGGAGGUUUCCUCUUCCUCCUCCUCCUCCCCUCCUCUUCCUCCUCUCAGACCGAUUCUGCUUCCGCCUCAGUCCCCAGCACUGAUUUACUCCUCCUCCUCCUCCUCCUCCCUCCCCUUCAUCUCAUCUCCUUCUCUCCUUCCCUUCCUCCCUUUCCUUCUUUCCUCUCGAAAAGAAUAGAUGGACCUUUUUUUUGUCGGAGGUUAGUUUUAUCGUCUUAAAGUCAUCUUUAAAAUUACCACCUUUAACCCCCGCCCCCUUCUCGGACCUGAACAGGGACUCCUCUGCUGGAUCUAUGGGGGUUUUCUGGGUUUGUGGGUCAGACUGGUACCGGUACCAGCUUCAGGUAAAGGUGAGCAAACAGGGAUGAGCCCAGAACAGAAGCAGAACAUUAGUUCAUUAUUAUUAUUAUUAUUAUUAAAACAACAACAACAACAAUAAUAAUAAUAAUAAUAAUAAUAAUAAUAAUAAUCAAACCGGUCAGACUCUGGUGUUUCCUGUUUUUCUUUUCAAACUUUUUUCUGUUUGUUUGUUUGUUUGUUUGUUUGUUUGUUUGUUUGUCUGUUUGUUUGUCUGUCUGUCUGUUUGUUUGUCUGUUUGUUUGUUUGUUAGUUUAUCUGUUUGUCUGACUGUUUGUUUGUUUGUUUGUUUGUCUAUUUGUCUGUUUGUUUGUCUGUUUGUUUGUUUGUUUGUUUGUUUGUCCGUCUGUUUGUCUGUUUGUUUGUUUGUCUGUUUGUUUGUUUGUUUGUUUGUCUGUUUGUUUGUUUGUUUGUUUGUCUGUUUGUUUGUCUGUUUGUUUGUUUGUUUGUCUGUCUGUCUGUCUGUCUGUCUGUCUGUUUGUUUGUGUGUUUGUUUGUUUGUUUGUUUGUUUGUUUGUUUGUCUGUCUGUCUGUCUGUUUGUUUGUUUGUCUGUUUGUUUGUUUGUCUGUCUGUUUGUCUGUUUGUCUGUCUGUCUGUUUGUCUGUUUGUUUGUCUGUUUGUUUGUUUGUUUGUUUGUCUGUUUGUCUGUUUGUUUGUUUGUCUGUUUGUCUGUCUGUCUGUUUGUUUGUUUAUCUGUCUGUCUGUCUGUCUGUCUGUCUGUCUGUUUGUUUGUUUGUUUGUCUGUUUGUCUGUCUGUCUGUCUGUCUGUCUGUCUGUCUGUUUGUUUGUUUGUUUGUUUGUCUGUCUGUUUGUCUGUCUGUCUGUUUGUCUGUUUGUUUGUCUGUUUGUUUGUCUGUUUGUUUGUCUGUUUGUUUGUCUGUUUGUUUGUCUGUCUGUCUGUUUGUCUGUUUGUUUGUUUGUUUGUUUGUUUGUUUGUUUGUCUGUUUGUUUGUCUGUUUGUUUGUCUGUUUGUUUGUCUGUUUGUUUGUCUGUCUGUCUGUUUGUCUGUUUGUUUGUUUGUUUGUUUGUUUGUUUGUUUGUCUGUUUGUUUGUCUGUUUGUUUGUCUGUUUGUUUGUCUGUUUGUUUGUCUGUCUGUCUGUUUGUCUGUUUGUUUGUUUGUCUGUCUGUUUGUUUGUUUAUUUGUCUGUCUGUCUGUCUGUUUGUUUGUUUGUUUGUUUGUCUGUUUGUUUGUCUGUCUGUCUGUCUGUCUGUCUGUCUGUCUGUUUGUUUGUGUGUUUGUUUGUUUGUUUGUUUGUUUGUUUGUUUGUCUGUCUGUCUGUCUGUUUGUUUGUUUGUCUGUUUGUUUGUUUGUCUGUCUGUUUGUCUGUUUGUCUGUCUGUCUGUUUGUCUGUUUGUUUGUCUGUUUGUUUGUUUGUUUGUUUGUCUGUUUGUCUGUUUGUUUGUUUGUCUGUUUGUCUGUCUGUCUGUUUGUUUGUUUAUCUGUCUGUCUGUCUGUCUGUCUGUCUGUCUGUUUGUUUGUUUGUUUGUCUGUUUGUCUGUCUGUCUGUCUGUCUGUCUGUUUGUUUGUUUGUUUGUUUGUCUGUCUGUUUGUCUGUCUGUCUGUUUGUCUGUUUGUUUGUCUGUUUGUUUGUCUGUUUGUUUGUCUGUUUGUUUGUCUGUUUGUUUGUCUGUCUGUCUGUUUGUCUGUUUGUUUGUUUGUUUGUUUGUUUGUUUGUUUGUCUGUUUGUUUGUCUGUUUGUUUGUCUGUUUGUUUGUCUGUUUGUUUGUCUGUCUGUCUGUUUGUCUGUUUGUUUGUUUGUCUGUCUGUUUGUUUGUUUAUUUGUCUGUCUGUCUGUCUGUUUGUUUGUUUGUUUGUUUGUCUGUUUGUUUGUCUGUCUGUCUGUCUGUUUGUCUGUUUGUCUGUUUGUUUGUUUGUCUGUUUGUCUGUCUGUUUGUCUGUUUGUCUGUUUGUUUGUCUGUCUGUCUGUUUGUUUGUCUGUUUGUUUGUUUGUUUAUCUGUCUGUUUGUUUGUUUGUUUGUCUGUCUGUUUGUCUGUCUGUCUGUUUGUUUGUUUAUCUGUCUGUUUGUUUGUCUGUCUGUUUGUCUGUUUGUUUGUUUGUCUGUUUAUCUGUCUGUUUGUUUGUUUGUUUGUUUGUUUGUUUGUUUGUCUGUUUGUUUGUCUGUUUGUUUUGUGCCGUCCUCCUCCCCUUUGUGAACAUAACCCUCGUCAGACGGCUGAAUUGGACCUCGCUCAGUUCAAACAUUAAAACUAGGAUCAGAAAUUAAGUCGGGAUAUCUCGGUUCUCCUGACUCGACUAUCUGUGAUCUAGUUGCACAGAAGCAGGAUACUUUAAGUUACCAUGGAGACCGAUCUUAGUUACCAUGGAGACAGAUCUCAGUUACCAUGGAGACAGAUCUCGGUCAGCAGUCAAUAGUUCUUCCACUGCCCAAUGUUAUCAGAUGAAAGCAGCAGACCCGCUGUGGUUCUGAUCCGAACAUUUCUGACCAUCUCUGCAGCUCAUGACUUUAAACUGAACACACUGAUCCUGAACAGACGACCACGGUCCUCGUCAGGGACCAGGAGAGUCCCGGUCCAAACUCUGGGACCCCCCUCCAGGAUGGGGACAGCACAAGUCCUUAAAGGGUCAACCCUGAAGACACCUGAGAACUCACCUGUCAGCACAAACACAGACGCCGCCAUGAUGUGAACGCUGGUGCUGAUGGGUUCCGGAGGUCCGGACUCAUGGACCGAGACGGGUCACUUUGCCCCAACAUUACAGUCAGACUGUCUGAAACCAUACGAUGACGACUGUUUAAACCAAUCAGAGCACAGCGUUUGAAGAAGUCCUGUUCAUGGGAACCUGCGGAGGAUUUGAUCUUGAUGGUCCAAUAAUGACCCGGAACAGGAAGUAACGGUAUCCCACGACGACAGCUGUCCUGUAAACUUGAUGAUAAGGUGAGAUGUCAAAGAUUUGAAAGUCUGAUGGAGUUACAUUUACACGACCUCAGUCCUAAUCAGAGGACCUCUGAGAGACCGUCACCGACCGUCGGAUCGUAACGGUGAUGAGUGUGUAUUAGCGAGUGUGUAUUUGUACAUGACUCACACACUCAGGCGUUCUGCCGUACUUGACCACGCCUUCUCUCGUUGUUUCAUAACUUUGUCGCCUCUUUUUCAUUUGCUCCUUUACCUCCUCGUAAGCCUCCAACAGGGAAACGUGACCUCGUGGCGCCGCUCUCGUUGUCAUGGUGAAUCUGUGAUUGAUUUGAGGAAGUCGUGUGUGCGACUACGCCAGGAUUGGUUUCACCUGGUUUGAUGAAUCCUGUCUGCUCAUCCUGACUUUGGCAUUAACCGAUGAAACCUGGAUAUUCCUGUUUGGGAUUUGUUGAACCCGGCUCAGUCACGUUCCCCCGAUGUCUUUGACCUCGUCCACGUGACGGCGGGAUUUUCUCAAACCAUUUUAUACGCUUGAAAAAACGCAGGAUGGCGUCAUCAGAAACUCCAAACGUACGAGUCUGCAGAGCCGGAGAGCCCAGCAGACCCACAACCGUGACAGACCCACAACUACAGACCCACAACCGUGACAGACCCACAACUACAGACCCACAACCGUGACAGACCCACAACUACAGACCCACAACUACAGACCCACAACUACAGACCCACAACCGUGGCAGACCCACAACUACAGACCCACAACCGUGACAGACCCACAACUACAGACCCACAACUGCAGACCCACAACCGUGACAGACCCACAACUACAGACCCACAACCGUGACAGACCCACAACUACAGACCCACAACCGUGACAGACCCACAACUACAGACCCACAACCAUGACAGACCCACAACUACAGACCCACGACUACAGACCCACAACUACAGACCCACAACCAUGACAGACCCACAACUACAGACCCACAACUGCAGACCCACAACCGUGACAGACCCACAACUACAGACCCACAACCGUGACAGACCCACAACUACAGACCCACAACCGUGACAGACCCACAACUACAGACCCACAACUACAGACCCACAACCAUGACAGACCCACAACUACAGACCCACGACUACAGACCCACAACUACAGACCCACAACCAUGACAGACCCACAACUACAGACCCACAACCAUGACAGACCCACAACUACAGACCCACAACCGUGACAGACCCACAACUACAGACCCACAACUACAGACCCACAACCGUGACAGACCCACAACUACAGACCCACAACCGUGACAGACCCACAACUACAGACCCACAACCGUGACAGACCCACAACUACAGACCCACAACCAUGACAGACCCACAACUACAGACCCACGACUACAGACCCACAACUACAGACCCACAACUACAGACCCACAACCGUGACAGACCCACAACUACAGACCCACAACUACAGACCCAAAACCGUGGCAGACCCACAACCAUGACAGACCCACGACUACAGACCCACAACCAUGACAGACCCACAACUACAGACCCACAACCGUGACAGACCCACAACUACAGACCCACAGCCCUCUUUCUAACGGCUGUUCCUCGUUUGUUUUUGUUCCCAGAAAUGUAAUUUAAUGAACAGGUUCAUAAUUAAACGAAUGUCCACAGACACAUUAUUAAUCUAGACUUUAUUAAUUUUUCAUUUUCACUCAUUAUUUUAUGUUUUUUCUGCCGAACUUUAAUAUUUCAGGUUUAUUCUACUAAAAUAUGAACGUUUAUGAACAUCACAGUUAUUGACCUCCUUUUAUUCUCUUUAUUCCUCUGCGAUGAUUUUGACCUCCUGAUGAAUCUGAUAUUUUUCGGUGUUUUUCUCGUAUAUUUUCACGUCCGAUCUCAUGCACAUUAUUAGUCAUCGCACUUCUGUUUCUUUCACUACAAUGCUAGUAACCUACGGGUCAAAUCGUACAUUUCCGACUUCCGACAAACUAAUGUUAGCAUUAACUUGACCGAGAUUCGAUGUUCAUUUCAGACGAUCAUGGAAAAUGUCAUAAACGGAGCUGAUCAUUGACAUUUAUUUCAAACUCAAGACAACAGUUUUAUUGAUGAUUAAAAAAUGAUGUGAUUCAUGUUUGAUACUCGAUCUUGACGUCGCUCCGCUCGAACCGAUAACUCUGGAAAAAGGAACAGCGGUUAAAAAGAGGGGUGUGGAUCUGCUGGACUCUCCGACUCUGCAGACACCCCCUCCUCUCCAAAACCAAAAUGACGAGAAAGAGACGCUCGCUCUGAUUGGAUAGAAGGGUCGAACGUUUUGGCAAAUAUGAGCGACUAAAGGUCUGACGUGACUCUUCCUGCGGUCAAUAAAACACUUUUUUUAUUUGAUUUUAUUUAAAACGAGGAUAUUUGUACGUGACUUUGUUCAAACAAAGACAACUCAGAGCUGUACCUCCUCUGUUUCACCAGCAGGUGUCAGUGUGGGACAGCAACACACAGAGCUGCUGUUUAUUUCCACAGUAAAUUCAGGUGAAAUGAUGAUUUUAAUGACAUUAUUAGUGUUAAUUAUCAUCAGUAUCAUUAUUAUUACUUUAUAUCAUCAGUAUUAAAGAGUUUUCCCCUUAAUAAAGAAGUUUAAUUUGGUCUCUGCUGAUUCUUCUCACAGAUUUGACUCUGAAUGUUGAAAACCAGGAAAAUUCAGCAAUUUGGUUUAAAUGUGUUCAUCAAUGUAGGUGUCAGUUAUCUGUCUGUGUGUGUCUGUGUGUGUGAAUCUGUGGGUGUGUCUGUGUGUGUGAGUCUGUCUGUGUGUGUCUGUGUGUGUGAGUCUGUCUGUGUGUCUGUGUGUGUCUGUGUGUGUGAGUCUGUCUGUGUGUGUCUCUGUGUGUCUGUGUGUGUGUCUGUGUGUGUGUGUGUGUGUGUGUGUGUGUGUGUGCGUGUGUCUGUGUGUGUGAAUCUGUCUGUGUGUCUGUGUGUGUCUGUCAUGUUUUGGUCAGUAGAUGGUAAAUGUUGGACGGUUCGUUAGUCUUAUUUCAAAAGAAUCGAUCUCUCUCUCUUCUGUUUCUCUCUCUCCUGUUUCUCUCUCUCUCUCUUUUCUGUUUCUCUCUCUUCUGUUUCUCUCUCUCUCUCCUGUUUCUCUCUCUUCUGUUUCUCUCUCUCUCUUUUCUGUUUCUCUCUCUUCUGUUUCUCUCUCUCUCUCUGUUUCUCUCUCUUCUGUUUCUCUCUCUCUCUUCUGUUUCUCUCUCUUCUGUUUCUCUCUCUCUUUUCUGUUUCUCUCUCUCUUUUGUCUCUCUCUCUCUCUCUUCUGUUUCUCUCUCUCUUUUGUUUCUCUCUCUCUCUCUCUUCUGUUUCUCUCUCUCUUUUCUGUUUCUCUCUCUCUUUUCUGUUUCUCUCUCUUCUGUUUCUCUCUCUCUUUUGUUUCUCUCUCUCUCUCUCUUCUGUUUCUCUCUCUCUUUUCUGUCUCUCUCUCUCUCUUUCUGUUUCUCUCUCUCUCUCUUCUGUUUCUCUCUCUCUUUUGUUUCUCUCUCUCUCUCUCUUCUGUUUCUCCCUCUCUUUUCUGUUUCUCUCUCUCUUUUCUGUCUCUCUCUCUCUCUUCUGUUUCUCUCUUUUCUGUUUCUCUCUCUCUCUUUUCUGUUUUUCUCUCUCUCUCUUUUCUCUCUCUCUUUUCUGUUUCUCUCUCUCUUCUGUUUCUCUCUCUCCUGUUAGUUUUUUUCUCUCUCAGUUAAAGUUCGUGUUAAAGUUCGUGUUUCACAGUCAAACCGACACAAACACCGGAAACAGAAACAGAAACUCUGACAAAAUAAGAGACGACCACCGGAACCAAACUGAGAGUUUGUUUGAGGACAUCCUGACCAGCAGGGGGCGCUGCUUCACACUGAGCUUCUACAGACAGAACAACAUGGAGCUGAUGUUCACUUUAAGGAGCUUCAUAAGAGAAGAUCUGAGGAGGAGGAUCUACCUUCAUCUAGAUCUAUAACCACAGAACCCAAAUCAAUACAAUAAACAUUAUCAUCAUGAACUAAUAAUUAUAACAACAACAACAACAAUAAUAAUAACAAUAUCAAUAAUAAUAAUAAUAUCAAUAAUUGAUCAUUCAUACUGACAGAUUUCAGAGUUAAACCAACAAUAAGGAAAAAACAAAGCAGCAAAGGAUGAUGGGAAAAUGUAGUUAAAAACAUGUUAGAAUGGAGAAAAAAAUUAAUUAAUAAUUAAUUAAUUAUUAAUUAUUCAUUUAUAAAUAAAGGCUGCACAUCUCAGCUCUGACCAGC